AUGCCACGAAAGAUUAUUCUCCAAUCCAACGACAACGAAGACUUUGAGGUGGAUCGCGAUGUGAUCCGUCUCUCCAACACGUUGAACACCAUGUUCCAAGAUCUUGGAAUGGAUGAUCCGGAAAGCGCCGAUUCGCUGAACGAGCCAAUUCCUUUAGCCAAUGUGAAUGGAACCAUCUUGAGGAAGGUAAUCCAAUGGUGUCAAUACCACAAGGACGAUCCUCCUACUCAAGUGGAUUCUGACCGUAAAGAAAGAAGAACCGAUGACAUCUCCAGCUGGGACGUUGAGUUCUUGAAAGUCGAUCAAGGAACCUUAUUUGAACUGAUCUUGGCCGCCAACUACUUGGAUGUGCAUGGGCUCUUGGAUGUAGCAUGCAAGACUGUUGCCAACAUGAUUAAAGGAAAGAGCCCCGAAGAGAUCCGUCGCACCUUCAACAUCAAGAACGACUUUACUCCCGAGGAAGAGGAACAAAUCAGAAAGGAAAACGCCUGGUGCGACGACUAA